AUGGCUUCAACAACGAAAGCUGAAGGCCAUCGUCGAGAUACAAGUCACCGUGAGCACGGCUUGUUCACGCCAGGGCCUGAGCAAGCUCGUCUGGACGCCGACAAAGAACGUCAGUUGCAGGAGUCAGCCCAGUCGUCUUCCAUCGCCGAGGAUGGUUCACAAGACAGCGCUCUAUCCACUCAAUCGAAGCCCGAAGCAGAUGUGGAAUCAACCGCGUCUACGGAAGCAGAAGAUGACCAAGGCAAGCGAUCUGCGCCGACGCCAGCCCAGAUUGAAGCGAUGAACAGGGUGCUGGCCUGUCAGCCGCGCCAGUACAGAAAGAUUCUCGAUCUUGGCUCUCGCGAUCCGAACUCUCAAGCAGACAGGGAGAAGAUCGUCAACAGCUUCAGGAGGCAAGGCUGUCUGACCCAUCCCGAUUACAACCUGGCUCCACAGGCAGAGAAGGCGUUCAAGAGUAUGUACUAUUGCCACUGUGAAGUCCUCCGAUGA